CCCAGGAACUGUUUACUGACAUGAGAGAGAUUUUGCCAACCAUGUCGAAUCCAGAAGGCUUUCAUAUCAACACACCACUACUUGAGAGUAUAAGCAUGUCUAAACGAGCGGGGACCGCUGUGCUUUUGAAAAUGGAAAGCUCUCAACCCUCCGGCUCUUUCAAAAUCCGCGGUAUCGGACACCUGUGCCAAAAAGUUGCUCAGUCGGGAUGUAAAGGAGUUGUUUGUGCUUCAGGUGGAAAUGCUGGAAUGGCUACAGCCUAUGCCGCACGUAAACUUGGCAUCCCAGCAACCAUUGUUGUACCCACAUCAUCGCCAGAGCUUGUGGUCCAGAAGUUAAAGGAUCAGGGGGCUACAGUAAGAGUGGUGGGCAAGGUUUGGGACGAUGCAAAUGCUGAGGCUCUGCGUCUGGUUGAGUCCGAGAGCCUGGCGUUUGUGCCUCCUUUUGACCACCCUCUUCUCUGGCAGGGUCAUGCCAGCAUAGUGCGGGAGUUAAAGGCCUCCCUUCCUGAGAAGCCUGGGGCUAUAGUUUUGUCUGUAGGGGGAGGAGGCCUGCUAUGCGGGGUGGUGGAGGGCCUGAGAGAGGUGGGAUGGGAGAGUGUGCCAGUGCUCUGUAUGGAGACUGUAGGAGCAGACUCCUUCAAUGCUGCUGUCAAGGCUGGGAAGCUCGUCACUUUGCCUGACAUCACAAGCGAAGCUAAAUGUUUGGGAGCCAAAACCGUGUGCAGGCAGGCGUUCGACUAUAGCAAGGAGGCCAAGCUGAUCUCUGAGGUGGUGACAGACCUGGAAGCACUGGAGGCAGUGGAGCUGUUCUUGGACGAGGAGCGUGUGCUGGUGGAGAUGGCAUGUGGAGCUGCGCUGGCGGCCGUGUACAGCGGUCUGAUCCAGAGGCUCCAGGGGGAAUGUCAGCUGCCUCGUCCUCUCGGCCCGCUGGUGGUUAUCGUCUGCGGGGGCAGUAGCGUGGACCUGGCCCAGCUCAUGCACCUGAAGACGAAGCUGCGCCGCUGAAUGGAGAUUGCUCACUUUAGGGCUCUGAGCUGGAGUGUUGGGAAACAACUUACUCUUCGGCAAAGUUUAGCCACAUUCCUGGUACAACAUGGCCAGUUCAGAUACUAGUUAACUGUAGAGAACCAUACGGGCUAUUUGAGUCAGGAUUGGGCUGUUAGUACACACUAACUUGACCAGUGUUAUUAGAUUAAUAAUGUCAUUAUUCUCUUUAAUAAAUAAACAAAAAAAUAGGUAUAGAAUUUUUUUUAACAAAUCUUCUCUUAAAUACCACAAAUUGUGGAUAUCAUCCUGAAAUAUUUUUCAGUGUUAUAAGCCAACAGUCAUUUUGAUGGAAUAAAGAAACCCAGAUUUCCAGAAGGAAUGUCUAUAUGCUUAGUAUGUCUGAAUGUUUUUGUGCUGUUUCAGUCUGAGAGGACAUGUUAGGUGUAAUUCUGAAUAUUAUAAAUACAAAUACAGGCAUAUAAGUAUCCAUGUGAACCCCACCCAGUCCCUUUUAGAAUUGACUUCAAAUGUAACUUGUGCAUUCUGCAUAGUGUUUUACCUGUUCAAAUUCUUGUGACCUCUACUGCAAACAUGUCACAAACAGUGUUAAUGUCUUUUAUAGGGGCACAGGACUAAAACCACUUAGCCUUAAAUGAGUUCUCUCCUCUUAAUCUGAUCAGUAGACAGGUUGUGUAAUACAAUAUUGUAAUUGAUCAAAGUGUAUCUCUGGAUGCCAGAAAUGGACUGAUUAAAAGGAUUAUAAAAUA